AUGGGGAACUCCCAGACGAAGGAGUCGCGCUCCACAGCCCCGUCGAGUCGUCGAAGUAACCAAUCCUCUGCGGGCGCUCCCGAUGCCUCAGGUCGGCCGUAUCAAGGCUCGCGAUCAGCCAGAGGCAGUCGGCCUGAUUUGUCGAUUCUCGGAAUCGGCAGCAGUCAUGACCGAGAUGUGUCCACAUUAGAACAUCGGCGAGAGACAAAACAGGAGCGCGAGGCUCGCCGUGCAGAACGGGAGCGGGUGGCCCGGCUUAAAGAGAGGGAGCGCAGUAUGAAGGAGGAGCAUGUGGAUGGAGGUUAUCUUGUGACUCAAGGCGUGUACGUGGGCACAGAAGAUUUCAAUAAGGCAGUGGUGCGCCAGCUGAUGAUUGAACGCCGACUGGCUCCCUUUUGGAGAGGUCUCAAUGACUUUUCGUCGUCAUGGGCUGAGCAUCAGCUUAUGGCGGCUGCCCGAGGAAUGCCCAUUCCUCCUCCCGACGAGAUCCCUCCGGAGUUGGAGUACAAACUACCCAGGAGCACAGACAACAGGGCUCCUACCGAAUCCGCAAAUAUUCAGCACUUGACAGUGCCCAUCACUUCCAGAUCACAGUCUUAUAACUCAGAUGCUUCCCAAUCACCUAACCCUCCUCAGUCAUUACCCUCCACAUCUCCGAUCGCAUCCGGCACAUCGGCCUCCCCUCUCUUCCGGACGAGAGCCAAGACCUUGGCCGCUCUGACCACUUCCUCCAAGCAUAACUCUCAGACAGAUCUAACUCCCCGGGAGUUUCAGCUCCCCAAUGAUCCAUUUGUCAACGGGCAGCCUAUUGAAGUGAACUUAAUGCUUUGUUCAGAUAAAGCGCCCGGAUCCGCACCCCCAGAGCAUGGAGAGCCGGAUCAGAAUGCCCCGACGGCUGAGGGGGGGCAGACCGAGUCGACAGAGUCACAGUUGGUUUCUGAGCCCUCGGCAUGCCCCUUCUGUGUUCAGCCAGAGUUUGGCGUCACCUAUGUAUCUCCACCCUUCCGCCGAGGUCUGACCUAUAUGGCGGACCCGAGUGCUCGACCUUCGCCCAGUUUCGCUUCUCCCGUAUCAUCCACUUCCUCGUUGUCCUCUGCCACCGCACCUGUGCCAGGUCGCCGCCGUGCCACCUCACUAUCCACAACUGACCCUUCGGUUGUUACGACUGAUCGGAUUCGGCCAGACUGGGCCACCAAAUUAUCGAAUGCACGAGCCCACGCCGCGCGUCGGUCUGCGGCAGCGACUGCCCUUCACACUGCAGCCUACCUGAUCAACCCUAGCGCAUCCGGCAGUGACUCGCGUGGGUUCGGUAUCGGACGGCGAGGGAUGCGACGAGCCACCGGCGGAGAAGGGUAUAGCGGCCGAUCUGCUUCGCCCGCUCUCAAUGCGUUGGCCUUUCUGACGGAACGUACCACCACUGGGACCGAUCGGACCGGCCGAGCAGCUGGACAAGACACCGAUUCCGCCUCUACCGAAGAAGGAACGGGCAAUCCGGCCGCGCCUCGCACGAGCUCAAGGCGUAAUCGAUUUGAAGAUCUUGAGGAAAUGAUGAUGAUGGAAGCUAUUCGCCUGAGUUUGGCCAGCGAAGAUGAGCGCCUUAGACGGGAAGAGAAAGAGGCAAGAAAGGAGGCCAAAAGACGGGAGAAGGAAAAGGAAAAGGAGGCCAGGAAGGCAGACAAGGUGGCGCGCAAGACUGGAUUGUACAGCAAUAAUGCUAGCACCUCCGCUUUGGAUGUCCUUGGCGAGUCCAGUUCGGCCAAAGCAGUCAACUCCUCCGUCAAAGAGGAGAAUUCCAUUGGUGAAGAGAUCGCUGCUGGCAGCAAAGGGAAGGGGGUCGAUCGCUCACUACCGUCAACCACAGAAGAACCGAAGGACCCCUCGCUGCCCGAUUCAGCCACACAAGCGGCUGAGCCAGCGGAUCAGUCCGAGUCUUUACGGCCAUCCCACUUGCGGCAUGUCUCCAGUGCCUCCUCGUCUUUCUCCUCUGUUAUGGAAGCUACUCCAGAGGAUCGCACAUGCGGUCAAUGUGCUGGAGAGGGCAACAAUACUUCCCUUGAGCCCAUGUUCAAUUUCCGCAGUCUGGCUGCCGUUAUUGGAGAUGAGGAAAAGACGGAUGAAUCUGUGGAACACGUCGAGGAUACCUCAACCAAGCAACUAACAGAGGGCACUUCCUCGAGUACAGCUCCAUCGGUUCAUCAAAGUUCGACGGAAAUGAAUUCCGAAACGACGCCUAUUGUCGAGUCUCAUACAGAGACUCACAGUAACUCCGGCAUCCCUCCCAAAGAACUUGAGACUCGCUCUGUCGAAAUCACCAAUUCCCCCACGAAUCCGGAGGCUACCUCAUGA